GUCACUCCAUUAGUUACGUCUGUUCGGGAAAUGCAAGUCAAGCUGGCUGAGUAAAACUAGCUAGCGUAGCCAGAUAAUAUUUAACUAACCUGACAACAAUACACAUUCUCCUUAAGUAAAUAUGUAACGUGUUAUAAACUUGGUUAAAACAUACCCUGAAAGUGUUGAACUAAGUAAGAGGACUGCCUGCGUAAGGUGAGGAUGGAGAAUCCUGGCUAUGCUGAGAGCUUUCCUGACAUCCACACGGCCACCAGUAGCGACGAAGAUCUAGUGGAAAUCGCUGGGGCCACUUUGGAUUUCUCCAGCACUGAUGAUGUGCCUCCUUUAGACCGGGACUAUGGAUCAGGUGCAGUUGGGAAUGGGUUUAAUGGCGUUCCUAAGCUGAUGGACCUUCUAGAUGAGCCAGUGCCUGGAGUGGGCACUUAUGAAGACUUCAACACUAUUGACUGGGUGCGAGAAAAGUCCAAGGACCGGGAUCGUCACAGAGAGAUUGCCAGUCAGAGCAAAGAGUCGACAUGGGCUUUAAUGAAGAGCAUCAAUGAUGCCUUCUCUGGUUGGCUCCUCAUGUUAUUGGUUGGACUGAUGUCAGGUGCUCUGGCUGGUGGGAUCGACAUCUCUGCUCACUGGAUGACUGACCUGAAGGAAGGAGUAUGUCUCAAUGGUUUCUGGUUCAACCAUGAACAAUGCUGCUGGAACUCCAAUGAGGCCACAUUCCAGGAGAGAGACAAGUGUCCGCAGUGGAAGAGCUGGGCCGAGCUCAUGAUUGGCUCCAACGAUGGACCCUUUGCUUACAUCGUUAGCUAUCUGAUGUACGUGUGCUGGGCUCUGCUCUUCUCCUUCCUUGCAGUGUCUCUAGUUCGAGCCUUUGCUCCUUAUGCCUGCGGAUCUGGUAUCCCAGAGAUUAAGACCAUCCUCAGCGGGUUCAUCAUUCGCGGUUACUUGGGCAAGUGGACCCUGAUGAUUAAAACAAUCACUCUGGUGCUGGCCGUGUCGUCUGGAUUGAGUCUGGGCAAAGAGGGGCCGCUGGUCCAUGUAGCCUGCUGCUGUGGAAAUAUACUGUGCCAUCUUUUUACCAAGUACCGAAAGAAUGAAGCCAAAAGGCGAGAGGUACUCUCCGCUGCUGCUGCAGUCGGUGUUUCAGUGGCAUUCGGUGCUCCUAUUGGAGGAGUUCUCUUCAGUCUAGAGGAGGUGAGUUAUUACUUCCCCUUAAAGACACUGUGGCGUUCUUUCUUCGCCGCCCUUGUGGCAGCCUUCACGCUGCGCUCCAUCAACCCGUUUGGAAACAGUCGGCUGGUGCUGUUCUAUGUGGAGUUUCACUCUCCCUGGCACCUUGUUGAACUGGUGCCCUUUGUGUUACUGGGUAUCUUCGGUGGCAUCUGGGGUGCCUUCUUCAUUCGGGCGAACAUCUCCUGGUGUCGGCGGCGCAAAACAACACGCCUGGGCCACUACCCAGUCCUGGAGGUGCUGGUGGUGACGGCGCUCACGGCUGUGCUGGCUUUCCCCAACAGCUACACACGUAUGAGCACCAGCGAGCUCAUUUCCGAGCUGUUCAAUGACUGCGGCCUGCUUGACUCCUCUCAGCUGUGUAACUACGCCAACGCAACCGACAUCAAGAGCAACAGCAACGCUCUGCCCGACCGACCCGCCGGCCACGAAGUCUUCACGGCCAUGUGGCAGCUGGCACUGGCGCUCGUCUUCAAGAUGCUCGUUACCGUGGUUACCUUUGGCAUGAAGGUUCCCUCGGGUCUGUUCAUCCCCAGCAUGGCUGUGGGGGCGAUUGCAGGAAGGCUGUUAGGCGUGGGCAUGGAACAGCUGGCAUAUUACAACCAUGACUGGGUUAUCUUUAGGGGUUGGUGCUCACCUGGGGCAGACUGCAUCACACCAGGCCUUUAUGCAAGUGGAGCUGCUGCCUGCUUGGGUGGUGUAACUCGGAUGACAGUCUCCCUGGUGGUCAUAAUGUUUGAGCUGACCGGCGGUUUGGAGUAUAUUGUGCCCCUAAUGGCUGCCACUAUGACCAGUAAGUGGGUGGCGGACGCACUGGGCCGCGAGGGCAUCUACGAGGCCCACAUCCGUCUGAACGGCUACCCGUUCCUGGAGCCUAAAGAGGAGUUCAGCCACAAAACGCUGGCCAUGGACGUUAUGCGGCCUCGUCGUAGUGACCCCCCGCUCUCAGUCAUUACGCAGGAUGGCAUGAGCGUAGAGGAGGUUGAGACUCUCAUCGCUGAUACAUCUUACAGCGGCUUUCCCGUCGUGGUUUCACACGAGUCACAGAGACUGGUGGGCUUUGUGCUGCGCCGGGAUCUCAUCAUUUCUAUCGAAAAUGCUCGGCAACGCCAGGAGGGCGUGGUGAGCACGUCACGGAUUUUCUUCUCCGAAUAUGUUCCACCCCAGCCCCCUAACUUCCCCCCUCCCCUGAAGCUACGUGGCAUCAUGGACCUCAGCCCGUUCACAGUUACCGAUCACACAGCCAUGGACAUUGUGGUGGACAUCUUCCGCAAACUCGGGCUGCGCCAGUGUCUCGUCACUCAUAACGGGCGCUUACUGGGAAUCAUCACCAAAAAGGACAUUUUAAAGCACAUGGCUCAAAUAGCCAACCGCGACCCAGACUCUAUCCUGUUCAACUGAAAGCUGGCUUUUAUAAUCUCAUCUCAUCUCUCCAAAAAAAACAACAACAACAAACAAACAAACAAACAAAAAAAGCCCUGUUUGAUUUUGCACUACAGACAUUAGUGCUAGGUUAAGAGCGCACUCACACUGUGAUGGCCGUUUUCAGUGCCAAGAUGGACACCUCAUGCACUACAGCUUCAUCAUCCUACUUGGCCAGGUUAUGACAUCAAGUCCUGGCUUCCAAGUUGCACGUAGCCAAUCUGUCGUAACAUAUCAUGACUAAUGGUUCAAAAAGAGUGGGGAGUUAAUUGAGGGGAUAUGCAUGCACAAUCCCAAUCUCAUCAAUUUCUUAAUGUAGCGAAAGUAUAUUGAAAUUCCUACAAAAUGAGGAAAAUUAUAUUGUAAGCUAAAUCUGUGAUUCUGUUUUCACCCUGAAUACAAUUCACAGGCGUGUGUUUGGAAGUACACUACGAGCAAUUAAUGACUAAUCUCAGCUUAAUAUUUUUGCAAUAUUUCAGUCAUUAGUUUUGCCAAAACUUUAAUGAAUGAGCUAAAACUGAGUAUCAGGUAACAGUGUGUGUGUUUCGCGUCUACGUAGAUGUUCUCUUUUUUUUUUGUUUUUUUUUUGUUUCAUGUCUUUACAUAGCUGUGACUUCAACCUCUUGAGCAGGUAGCUAAUUGUUUAUGGCAUUUUGAAGGGGAACAGGUUUACAGCGUUUGUAAAAUAUGUGAAUGAGAUUACUGUAAAGGCACUUUCUUCCCCCUUAGAAGGCGAGUCCCUUGGGGGUUUGCACAUUCAAGCAUCCAAAAUCUCUCCUCGUUCUACCCCUAAUGAAUCUGCAGGGCAGCUGGGCAUUCUGCUUGGUAGAUUUAAUGGGCCGUUUUGUGGCGUUGCAUGGAUUUACAGCUGGGUAUGAUUGACUGUUCCGCCCGCCUGCUUGUCCUUCGAUUAUUAUAUAUUUUACUUUUUUCUUGGAAAUCUCAUUAGCGGUCGCUUCCAUUGUUGAUUGCGUUUCUUACGUUAUGUUAAUCAGCAUGGCCUCAUGGCCAUGCACCAGUUAUGUGAUUUGACGUUUUGUUUUAUUUUGUUAUACAUUCUUUUUCGGGUAUAUUUAGACAGCAUGUGAUCAUUUGCAGCAGCGGCCUCUGUAGUUGUAGAAGUAGAAGUAAAAAUAAUAAUAAUAAUAAAGUUAUUCCACGAAAUUGAGUCAUACAUGAGCAGAUGGCUGAUGAGGCGCGUAAUGCCGAGUUCAAUUCAAUUAAAAUUCAAUUCAAAACACUUUAUUUGUCCCCUGGGGCAAUUUAAAAGGCGCGCAUAGCAUAGAAGUCCAGUUAAACACAUAAAUGAAAAACAAAACAAACAUAAAAGUUGACAGUGUGCAAGGUGGCCGUAUGUAGAUAAAUAACUGUACAGUGGUACAAUAGGUAUAAAUAUGAUAAUUUAAAAAAAAAAGUUGGCUAUAAGCCAUGUAUGACGAGAUUGAGUGGAAUAAUUGUUUUAUUAUAUCCACAUUUGCUGGAUUUUGAGAAACGGAGCUUUUUUUGUUGCUGUUUCUUUUUGCAAAUUCAAUAAAUAAAAACUUUUUUAUACAAAACGUCCAACAAAAUUUCCGCGUAGAAUGUAAACAAAGCAGCAAAAUGACAGUAGCAAUUUGUGAAAAAUGCUGUAAUCAUCUCAUCUCAUUACCUCUAGCCGCUUUAUCCUGUUCUACAGGGUCGCAGGCAAGCUGGAGCCUAUCCCAGCUGACUACGGGCGAAAGGCGGGGUACACC